UAAACUGCUAUUCCGAGAAUAGAGAAUUAGUCAAUGGAACGUUCAAGUGUAGAAUGUUUGUACAUGAAGCCCAUUAACUCUUAGCUUUAACUUAGAACUAUGAAGUUGCAUAGUUAAUACAGGGUUUAGUCCGAAAGCAUGGAGGAAUACAACACCACUGUCCGUAUGUCGGGUUUUAUUUUGAGUUCGUUGAUGUUUCACCAUUUGAACAGUGAUGCUGAUGUGGAAGGUCUCAUUCUUGGUGAGAGUGUUGGAGAGGAGAACUGUCGAAUCACAGACUCACAGAUCGAUCAAAUACAGUUUGAGCACACUAUAAAUAUUCAAAAACACAUUCCUUGUCGUAAGCUCCAUAGCUUCUACAAUAAUGUUGGCGAUGUGAGUGAGCAGAAAUUAAGACAGAUGCUGUCUGAGUACAAAGAGAAUGUGAUUGGUUGGUACAGACAACGAAGAAACACCAGUCAGCAAAUGACUUUCAUGGAACAAGUGAUUCAUCAGAAUAUGAGAAAAACUCUGUCCAAUCAGGAACUUGUCUUCUUGUUGCUCACACCCUCUCAGGCAACAGCAUCAGUCUCCACCCAUCGCCUUGAAUUCUCCACUUUCAUAUGGCACAGCAGCCAAUAUAUAAGCAUCCCCAUCUUUGUGAGCAACCUGGGCAAUCUUGAGCAGCAAGACUACUGGAGAUUGCCAGCCAUGUGUCCAUCUUUAGAACAGAGUCAAGCAGUUAAUAAACACAGGACCAAAUUCUUCUGUUCAAGGGAUGAUUUAAAAGAGGUCAGAAAUGUUAGUGACAUGAAUGAUGCCUUAUUUGCUGAAAUGCAGAAAAUGUGUGAGGAAGUGGAGAGGAGUGAAAGAGCAGUGGAGAAGCUUCAAGAAGACAUCGCUCUACUCAAAGAUUCGAUGAGGAAACAGAAGAGACACUUAGACAAAAAUGAAACCCAGAAAUGCGCCUCUCCAGAGAAACCCAAGGAGAACAUUCUACUGUGUUCAUCUCUGGGAAUGCUGUUCCCUGAUGCGCCCUCAUUACGGACACAAACCCUCACUGUUCAGGGCUUCCCUGUAUUAGAACUGUGCUGUAAUACCAACCAUGGUAUUGAUAUUCCUACCAAACUGCCUUUGAUUGUGGAGAAUCAGCAUACCAAGAGGAAAUUCGAUCGAGCCCCCAGACUCAGAAAAAAAUGUCUCGUCGCUGGUUUUUCUCAAAGACUUAAAAGGAAGAGGAACACUAAUGAUCUCGGUGAGCCUGCCUCAGAGAGUGGGUCAGAUACAGAGAUUGAUGUGAAUGGACAGAGCAGAAGUAAUUCCCCUGUCUUUUAAAUAGUAGGACAGAGCCCAUUUUAGCAGUAGAGCAAUCUACCAAUGACUUGAAAGCAUUACAUAUUUUACACCUGGAGGUUGCCUUUAUUUUAACAUGCCUACUGAGCAUGGGUUGUGCUAUUUUGUUAAAUACAAUAAAUUUUUUUUCUAAAGAUUAAUAAUUUCCCACAAAAUGUACAUGGUGGUGGUGGUGGUGGUGGUGGUGUGUUAUUCCCUUAAGGGAUUUUAUGCAUGCUCUCUUCAGUUACAGUAGGAGUAUAGCAUAAUAAUUAUUUUUUUGUUUAUUAACUGCCAUUGAGGUUGACAAUUUUACUUUUAAUUUUAAUUACAAGUUUGUGUUUUUAGUUUUACAAACAACAGAGUUACAGAAACUUCUACCAUUUUAACAAUCUAGGCCUGCAGUUGGUUAGAAGUCAUAGCCUUCACAUACUUGCUUCAAACAAUUUUAACCCAGAAUAGCAAUCUACUCAAAUUGUCUAGUGCCACAAAUGUCAGGGUCUUUCAUAAACUGGGGAUCCUUGAGUGUGACUGACAUGUAACCUGUGGACAGAACAAAGACCUUCAUGAAUCAAAUUUCCUGGGUAUGUAAAUUUUACAUCCAUUGAUAUUUUACAAAAGGCACAAGCCUUAAUUCAUAAUUUCAGACCUACAAGCAACAGACUGAAAUUUACAAGGAAACAAGUUUCACAUCUCUAAAGCAACAUAUAAAAUAACACACACAAAUUGCACAUUUGAAUUCUUACUCAUUGAGCAAGCUUUCUUUAUUGCCUUCGAUACCUCCUUUUGCUUUCGUCCACACAAGCCUGUGAGCAAAAGUUAGUAUUUUGAAUUAAUGCCUGAAUCACAUUUAUAAAAAAUAUUAAAGAGAUGAACAUUUGAACUUAAA